AUGUUUAAGAAGAAUUUAACUAUUACCACUCUAAGUAAUUUGAAGAAUUCUGAGUCUAGGAACAUUCGCCAAACAUGCAGAGAUGCGCUAUCAAAUAAUGAAUAUGAAUUCCCAGGCUCUCAGGUUAAACAGACAACAUUUGAAUCUACUGUGGCAAAUGGUGUAAUUUAUACCGAUAGCAACAAUGUUCCCAUUUGGUUCAAACAAAAAUAUUCAAACACAAUUGUGCCUACAGUUUAUACAGCAUGGGAAUAUCCAAACAACAUACCUAUCAUUAGAACACAUGACUUUAUUAUCGAAACUAAAAUAUUUAAUGGUGCAAAUUUGAUGAUACCUGGAACAGUUGGACCUCAUGAUGAAAGGCUAAAACCAGGAAAGAUUUGCGGUAUUGCUUCAACCAAAGUACCUGGCACGAUUCUUGCAAUUGGGCUAUGUACAUUUGAUAUGUCUACUGUUGAUACUCCUUUAGGAAAGACAGGUGUUGCUGUGGAAGUGCUACAUUGGUAUAGCGAUGAGCUGACAAAUAUUUUCAAAAUCAAACUUAACCCCCCAACAAUAAUGAAUACCUCUAAUCUGAAAACUCUCGAAUCUAUGACACAAGAAUCUAUGACACAAGAAAUCUCUGAAGCUGAAUCUGAAGUUAAACCAGAUGCACCUUUUAAUGAUACGUUUACUUCCAACGCCGAUGACCUGGCUGAAACUUUAGAACAACUUAGAGUGGAAGAUAUUGAUAAUUUCCUAACCCAAUCUUUGUAUUAUACAAUCACUCAGGAAACAUCCUUACAGCUACCCAUUAUUUCAUCGACAUUUGUAUCUGGUUAUCUCAUGAAGAAUUUACCGAAUGUGGACCAUAACCAGGUGAAUAUUAAGAAGUCUUCCUGGAAGAAAACUGCCAAAUUCUUGAAGCAUUUCGAAAAAGAAGGUUUCUUAAAAUUAAAAGGUAAAGGUGAUGAUCUAACUAUUACAGGCUUCAAUAAAGAAAAACCUCAACUCAAAACAUUUGUACCUUACAGAAUUGGGAAGCCUGCUGGCGCCCUUCCAUCAAAGGAUAAACAAGACAAUAAAAAUUUUUUAAAAGUUGUAACUUUGUACUCCCCAAAAAAGAAAAAUGACAGCUGUUGGACUGCCUUAGGUCUAACUAGUAAAUCAUAUUUCACAAGUGCAGAAAUUACAUCAGCUAUUCAAGGGUAUAUUGCAAAAAAGAAUUUAGCAAAUCCUAAAGACAAAGCAAAAAUUUCAAUGGAUGAUGUACUCUUUGAUCUAGUUAUUACUAAUAACAAAGCCAAUGCAAAUAGAAACAUCAUGAGAUCUCAAGUUGUAGAACCUGUUUUGGUAAAUAAUUUCCUACUAUAUCACCAACUGUUUACUCACGAUAAUAUUUCACUAUCCAAACACCCUAAAAAAGGCUCACCACCAACAGUGAAAAUGGUUACCGAAAAAGUAAAACGUGGUAAAGUUAUUACAAGAGUUUCAAACUUUGAAGUAUUUAAUAUUGAUGCUAAAGAUAUGUCAAACGAACUAAAGGUGUUAUGUAGCGGUUCUACAUCUAUUGAGGAGCUUCCUAAUGGCUCUGAAGUACAAGUACAAGGGCCUCAUGGUGAUAUAGUAAUGGAAUAUUUUGAAAAGCAUGGCAUCCCAAGAAAAUGGUUUGACUAUACCAAUAAAGUUAAACCAAAGAAACGUAGGAGUUAA